GUUCCAAAAUUGUACCAGCUGCAACGAUUCGUGAUAUCAGACAGAACUGUGCUCUCAGGAAAAUGCAGUCACUCCGCCACGCAUUCUGUCUUGUGCGACCCUCGCCGAAUCUAAUGAGGCAGCGGAAACUUCAUUUUUACGGCAUGACGGAAACCCAUCGGAUGAUACAGGAAACUUGUCGAGAUUUCGCUGAGAAGGAGUUGAAGCCAAUCGCAGCUGAUAUCGAUCAGACGGAGAUCUAUCCAAAAGAACAAAUAAAAAAGCUCGCCGACUUGGGAAUUUUCUCAAUGAUGACUCCGACUGAAUACGGCGGGACGGGCUCGGACACUUUAUCGUAUGCGCUCGCAUUGGAGGAAAUAUCCCGGGGUUGCGCCUCGACGGGUGUGAUAAUGAGCGUUCAUAAUUCCUUGUACAUUAGCGGAGUCCUGAAAUUCGGAACGGAGGAGCAGAAACGAAAAUGGGUCACUCCAUUCAGCACGGGCGACAGACUCGGAUGUUUUGCCCUCACCGAACCAGGAGUGGGCUCAGACGCUGGCGGAUUAAGCACUUCGGCACGAGUCAACGGAGAUUCGAUCGUUUUGAAUGGGACCAAAGCCUGGAUUACGAACGUUGCGGAGGCGGAAGCAACUUUGGUUUUUGCGACGAACGACAGGAGCAAAAAACAUCGGGGUCUGAGUGCAUAUCUCGUACCCAUCCCGACGGCGGGGCUCGAUCGGCCGAAGAAGGAGCGCAAACUCGGAAUCCGAGCCUCGUCGACCGGGCCCAUCAUUUUCGAAGAUGUCGUAAUUCCAGAGGAGAACCUGCUCGGAAAACAAGGUGAAGGCUUCAAAAUAGCGAUGACGUUACUCGAUGGCGGAAGGAUCGGAAUCGCGGCCCAAGCUGUCGGAAUCGGUCAGGCGGCUCUCGACACCGCCGUCGAAUACUCGGCCAAAAGAGAAUGUUUCAACCAACCCAUUCACAAGCUGCAAGCCAUUCAGCUCAAGAUCGCAGACAUGGAGAUGCGAUUGAACGCCGCUCGCCUGCUCAUCUAUCAAGCCUGUUUCAUGCGCGACAGCGGCUUAAGGUUCUCAAAGGAAGUUUCCCAGGCCAAAGUUAUGGCGAGUGAAGCUGCUACAUUUUGUGCGCAUCAAGCCAUCCAGAUUUUGGGGGGCAUGGGUUUCAGCUGCGAAAUGCCCGCCGAGCGGCACUACAGAGACGCGCGCAUCACGGAGUUGUACGCUGGCACGAGCGAGAUCCAACGAUUGAUCAUAGCAGGUCACGUUUUGAAAGAGCACGGUGUGCUAUAAUUGUUAUUUCGUUGACCGUACUUCUAGGAGCGUCUUCGCUGUGCCGCCUGACGCUCCAAUGUGUAUUAACACGGUCUGUUUAUAUUGAUAUGUAUUUAAGGAAUGCAUCGUGAUUCUAUCGAUGGCCCGGUUCCAA